CUACAGCAGCGACGCAGUGCAGGAGCGCAGCGCGCGCACAUCCACCGCACUAACCUACUAACCAACGCUACAAGACUGAAGAAUUCCGCGACAACACACACAAUUACCCCGCGCUGUAUUCUGUAUGUGAAGUUUCUCUGAUUAAUGUCUACAAUUUUAACGUUUCAGGGAGCAAACCGGUCAUCAUAAAUCCGUUACUGGAGUUUUCUCAAGGCGAAACUGAACAUUAACACGCGCUCGUGCGUCCGAGCACGCGACCGCUCUCACGGUCCAGCGCGUGCUGCGAUAAUGCGCCACUUUGACUGAAGACGCGCGCCAGCAGCAAUCUCAGCCGCUUCAUAAUAAUUUGAACAUAUAUACUACAUCUGCGCUAUUUUGAUUUUAAUUGUGUCUCCAUUGGUUUUUCUCCCUUCAGUCAGGCACUCUGAAACAGCUGCUCGAGAAUGUCUGCUGCAGAUGAUGCCAACCCAGCAGGUGCUCCUGGAGGAGCCGGUCCUCCUGCUGCCCCUCCAAACACCACCAGCAACCGCCGACUGCAGCAGACACAAGCACAAGUGGACGAGGUGGUGGAUAUCAUGCGUGUGAAUGUGGAUAAGGUUCUGGAGAGAGACCAGAAACUCUCCGAGCUGGACGACAGGGCAGAUGCUCUACAGGCCGGGGCAUCACAGUUCGAAAGCUGUGCUGCCAAACUGAAGAACAAAUACUGGUGGAAGAAUUGCAAGAUGAUGAUUAUUAUGGGUGUCAUUGGAAUCAUCUUCAUCGGAAUCAUUUUCUUGUAUUUCUUCACCUGAGCCAAUCCACCUGCACCGAACGAGAAAAUGAAUGAGUGAAUGAAGAAAACACAAUCAUGAGCUCGGUCCAUUUUCCACAUCCUUCUUGCUUUAAUCUCGAGGUCUCCCCGUUUAGUCAUUUUGCACCUUGAUGUAACAGUAAUACACAGAAAUCUGCUCUCCUUUAUCCUCUUGCAGAAUUAGCACAUUGCAGUUUCUCUCUCUCUCUUUCUCUCUCUCUCUCGUUCCCUCCCUUCCAGAAUCUCCUGCAUUAUUUAAAUGUUUUGCAGACAUUCAUACAUGAAUGCACAGAGAGAGCAGAAGAGAAACAGACUGGGAGAGGCCGG